AUGGCCGACGUCGAGGGCGUCGCGAAGGCGUUCGUCUCGCACUACUGGACGACGUUCGACACGAACCGCUCGGCGCUCGCGGCGCUGUACAACGAGCAGUCCAUGCUGACGUUCCAGAACCAGAAGUUCCAGGGGCAACAGGCCAUCCUGCAGAAACUGCAGGCCCUGCCCUUCGGGGAGUGCAAGCACCGCAUCGUCAGCUGCGACGCCCAGCCCUCGGUCUCGGGCGGCAUCCUCGUCUUCAUCACGGGGGAGCUCAUCGCGGAGGGCGAGAACAGGCCGCUGCGCUUCUCUCAGGUGUUCCACCUGGCCCCGAACGAGGGCUCGUUCUACGUCACGAACGACAUGUUCUCGCUGCAGUACGGGUAA